AUGGCUUCCAUUCCUCAAUACUUCUCCAAUGAGUUCUAUGCUUUCCCUAAUCCAAUGCCCGGCGGAAACAACAGGGGAGGUAUUGCAAUGUGGAGUGGAGAAUGCUUACUGCCCUUUUCCGAUAAUGGGAUACUUAAUGUGGUGCCACCAAAACCUCAUGACAUCGUUCCAUCCAUUUCAAUGUCAUCGUUCCCUGAGCGUCUCGGAAUUUCUGAUAUGGUUGUACCGUCAUUGACGGAGCGUAAUGUCAAUAUGGGUUCAUAUGGCAUCACGGGACCUCAUGGUUUUGAGUGUAGAUACCAACACGAG